CGACGUCUCUGAUAUCUCUGCACACUUUACGCGGCGGAUCUGGUCAUCAUGGUCGACGGAUCUGGAAAUAACGAGGCGCGAAGCCGCAGGAAUUUCCGAUAGCAAGAUAAUGGGAAAAAAGGCGGUGCUCAGACGGAAGUGAACCCAGGAAUACAGAACAGGAUAUUCUCGAUGGCAACGAGGAGAUAUAUAAAGCGAUAUCACGUCGUUAAAAACAUUAUUGUUGAAGACGACUCUGAGUGGCCAUUCCGCGAUCAUGAAGCUGCUCGUUGUUCUCGCCAUGCUAGCUUACGCCUCGGCCAACACACUGCUGUCUAUCUACGGAGAGCCUACUUACGAACUGGCUGCCAUCGAGAAUCCAGCGUACGACGAGGUGUCGGAGAACUUGCCACUCUUAAGGAACCGGCGGCACACAAUCUGCGGUCUUCCGUCCUGGCAGUCCAAGAAGGUCAACCAUAAUUUCUGCGCAGCCAAAUGCCUAGCGCAGCGUCGCCGGGGCGGUAGCUGCCACGACGGCAUCUGCAUCUGCAGGAACAGUCUCACCUUCGAAUCAUCGUCUCACCCCCGAUUAACGCGAUGGUACCACGGAUCUCGCACUCGACCGCUAUCUCGUGGGAUUAACUACGUUAGCGAACGCUAACGCCGAUAACAGUCCGAAUUAAUAUUCAGGAGUGAUCACGGGACGCGAUUUAAUCACUGGAUCGAUAGCCCCGGCCUCAUCGCCCCCGGAUCGCCUCCGCCAAUGAAUUUCCAUCAAAAUCGAUAACGUCGUUAAUAAUUGUUUUAGCUGUCCUUGCAUGUCGCUUGCCGAGUGUUUUGAUAUAAUAAGAAUAACAGUCUUGCUCGGCGUUGGCCGCGACAGGCGUUUCUGACGGGAACUGUCAUAUCGAUAUUGACAUUAUUAAUGGAAGUUAAUUAAAUUGUUUAUUGUAAUGGCGCCAUGACGGGACAUUUAAUAUGUACAAUAUUUGUCGAGGCAUGUCAGUCCUCUCUUUAUGACGAGCGCGUAAAAUUUCGGCUGAACCAGCUUCGCUCUCUCAGAAACGCAGUUUCUCUCUUUCUCUCUCUCUCUCUCUCUCUCUCGUGUGAAAAUUAUUUUGACACGUACACAUUAAUUGAAUUGUAACAAGGUUGUGACGUACAAUGUUCCAAACAAAACCGAUAUUGAUGGAUUGCAUCGAUUAAAUACGAUUUUUCUUUUCAACUGUACAUUUAUUCAUAAUUUAUGUACAUCACUUGUAUUGGAAAUUGUCCUGUAAGGUAAUUAGCGAUGCUUACGAUAAUUGAUCUAUUAUUUUAUAAAGCAAAAGCCAUUCGACUAGGUUAGCUCGAAUAAUUCAAUUUAUUUGUUGCGCAUGACAUCGCAACGACACUUUUGUAUCAAAAAAUUAGAUUAGAUUAAAUAUUUUUAAAAAAUAUUUAAAAUUAGAUUAAAUAUUUUUACAAUUAAACAGAUUACUGAUUGUUGAAAAUGAUCGCAAUUUCGCAAAUAAUCGCCGCAUAUGUCGCAAAUAAUAAACAUGAAUUAACUAUUUA